AUGGAAGGUUAUUUAAAGAAAUGGGUGAAUUUCAUGUAUUAAUGGCAAAAUCGUUAUUUUAUUUUGCAUGAAGACUCCUUAAUAUAUUGUUAAUCAAAAGGGACACCAAAGAAAGGUUUAAAAAUUAUUUAAUGAUUUAGGUUAAGUUCAUUUAAGCAUUUGUUCAAUAAGAUCUGUACCUAAGGAUCCAUAGAGAAUUGUUAUAAAUUAUGGAAUGAGCGAAAUGCAUCUGAGAGCAUCUUCAGUUCAAGAGAAAUAAAAGUGGUUAGAUGCUCUUUUGAAUGCUCAAUAGAGAGUAUAAUAUAAUCGUUAUUUAGUUUACUUCAAAAUCUUAAAACAAAUUGCUUGUAUAAAGAAAGAAGAAUCCUUUUUAUUUCAUAGAAGGAGCUCCAGAAUUAGACUUAAAACGAAUCCAUACUACUUUGACAUAAUUUUGGGUUAUGCAAGCACAAUUGGAAGAGUAGAUUUCUCUAAACAAUACUUAGAGAAUUAGUUAAUUGAUAUAAGAAUUGAAAGUAAAUGACUUAGCAAUUUUAGCACACAACCACAGCUUGUGCAUAAGAAUUAGAUGAGGAAUAUAACAAGUUGAUUGAAAUCAGUAAAAAACUUUAGGAAAAAUUAAGAGAAACAAAUGAUCAAAAUCCUCCUGAUCAUGAUGAUCUUUACGAAGAAGAAUUUGUACCUACAGAAUAAUUUAUGAGUUUCAAAAUGGAUGAAGAUGAAUUUUAUUCUAUAAACAAUGAACUCUAUGAUGAUAGACAAUUAGUAAGGAGAUUAUCUUCUAAGAAAAUGUCAGUAGCAGGAGUAUCACCAUUGUUUCAUGUAAUUGAAUAAUUAAGAAUUCCUUAACCGAUUAAAUAUAAAAAUCUCAUCAAUAAUGAGGCAUUUAAAGAUAUGAUUAUAGGGAUUGAUGAAACUAGAGAAUAAUUACCUGCAUUUAAGGAUCCAAAUGAAAGCAUUAAAUUUGUUUCUUUAUUAAAAGAUAUGAUAGGAAAGGAUCUAACUAAAAUCGCAUUCCCAGUAACAUUCAAUGAACCUUUAUCAAUGCUUUAAAAUUUAUGUGAAAAUUUAGAGUAUUCAGAAAUCUUAGAUUAAGCAGAUUCAUUUUCAAAUAGUUGUGAAAGAUUAGCUUAUGUCAUGGUUUUUGCUGCAUCUGGAUUAUCAGCAACUAUAAAUAGAGUCAAAAAACCAUUUAAUCCUAUUUUAGGAGAAACAUUUGAAUUUGCUUGUUCUAAAUUCAAAUAUAUCUCAGAAUAAGUCUCACAUCAUCCUCCUAUAUCAGUUGGUUAUGCAGAAAACGAACAUUUUGAAUUUUUGUCAGAUAAUAAUGUGACUACGUCAUUCUGGGGUAAAUCAAUUACUGUAACACCCUUGGGUUGGGUAAAUAUUAAACUAAAGAAAAAUUAAGAUCAAAUAGCAUUUUAAAGAUGCAAAUCUUCUUUUAAAAACUUAAUUAUGGGUCCUUAAUAUCUAGAUCAUUAUGGAGAAAUGAAAUUUAAGAAUGAAUUAACUGGAGAUACUGGAAUUCUUAAAUUAAUAGAAGGAUCCUCUGAAGCAUCAUAUGAAUUAAAAGGCUUUGUUAAAGACAAAUUAGGAACUUAAUAUUGUACCAUAUAAGGUAAAUGGAAUUCUGAAAUAAGUAUUAUUGUUGCUGGCACAAUGAAAGUUGUAUGGGUUCGAAAUGCAUUACCUUAAAAAAGCGAUUAGUAAUACUAUUUCACUCGAUUUGCUUUAUAAUUAAACCAUUUAAAUAGAUAACUUUUAAAAACCUUACCACCAACAGAUUCAAGAUUAAGACCUGAUUAAAGAGCCUUAGAAAAUAGUAAUAUUGAUUUUGCAGCAAUUGAAAAAACAAGAUUAGAAUAAAAGUAAAGAUUAGCCAGAAAGGAAUUGCAUGAGCAGAAAAAAGAUCAUUUUCCAAAAUGGUUUAUAUAGAGAAAUGGAAAAUAUUCAUUUGGGUAAGAAUAUUGGAAAGCUAAGGAAACACCAGAAUUCUAAACAUAAGCAUUUGACAUUUUUUGA